CUGUUCUCUUUUCUUACCGGCAUGCAGAUUCUUCCGUGGCCGCUGUGGUUCGAGCGCCUGGGCGGCCACGGGGCGGCGUCCUGCCGCGAGUUUCCCGCAGGUUGGCGGCACGAGGUGCCCCCGUUCCGCCGCGGGGCCAUGGCCGAUUCCAGGAGGUCGUCGCUGGCGUCCGAUGCGUUUGAGCACGUGCGCCAGAGGUCUUCGCAAACGCCGCCCCAGCGGGACAUCGAGGCUGAGCGGCUCUGGUGGUCGGAGGCGGUGCUGGGGGCGAUCCAGAAGAUGCUGGCGGAGCAGACGGGGCAGCUGCAGGCCAGCGUGGCGGAGGAGGCUCAGAAGCAACACGCGAUGACGGCGCAGGUGCAGAGGCUGCUGGCGGAACACAUGCGGCAGCUGAAGGGCUGCGUCGAGGAGGAGGUCCAGAAGCACACGCGGGAGCUGCAGGCCCCCCUCGCGGCGCUGGCCUCGGGGGGGCGCGCCGCGCCCACCCCGGGGGGGCAGCAGGACCACGAAACCGCGCCGCGAGGCCGCCUGGAGGAGCUGCUGGAGCGCGAGGCGGAAGAGCGGCGCGCGGGGGAGACAGGCCUGCGCGAGAUGGUCCAGCAGCAGGGGGGGGCCCUGGCCCGGAUCGAGGCGCUCUUCGAGCCGCCCAGCGAUGCCAGCGCGCCAGGGACUCCGCCGCCGGAGUUGGAGACCGCCAUUGAUGGCGAAUCAGUCGAGACCAGAGACCCGUUCGGAAUGGCGACUUUGUCUGCUUCGCUCACUUGCCGUUUCCAUGAAGACCGUUCUUGUCGCGCCAUCUGCGAGGGCGUGUGCAAGAGUCGCAGCUUCGUUGUGUGCACUGCGUGCGUGAUUGUAGCAAAUUGCGUGUACCUAGGGUUUGAGGCGAACGCGAUCAUGACCUCUCCCAGCCUCGAGUUGCCAGAACAUAUCUCAUGGCGACUCGCCAACUUGUUCUUUGCCUUGGCGUUUCUGGCAGAACUUUCGGUUCGCUUCAUCGCCAGCGGUGCCAACUUCCUGGUAGCCCGUCGUCGGUCUGUUCUCUGGAAUUGGUUGGACACGUUGCUUAUCCUGUCCGCUGUUGCCGAGGAGAUGCUCAGAUAUCUCUCUGUAGACGUGAUAACCUUUGGUUUCCUGCGUCUGACUCGCCUUCUAAGGGUGACUCGGAUGAUGCGCGCGUUCAGGGUAGUCCGCGAAUUUAAGGAGUUGAAGAUAAUGGUUACCGGGCUUGUAAAUUGCGCGAGGCCCCUUUUCUGGGCUGGGGUGCUGCUGUUGGGUUUGACUUACAUGAUGGGGAUUCUCAUAGCUCAGCUCAUCACUGAGUACUUGCGUUCAAUCCAAGAUAAGGAAUUCGAUGAAGAGAACCUGAAGGCGAUGAAUUACAUCGCACAGCACUUCUCGAACUUAUGGGAGAGCAUGUACUCGCUAUUCGAGGCCCUCACAGGUGGGCGGGACUGGGGUGAUAUUGCAGGUCCAUUCAGGCACAUACACUGGAUAUUGGUGUGCUGUCUUGUUCUGUAUAUUGUCGUCGGGGUUUUCUGCAUUCUCAAUCUGUUGACCGCUGUCUUCUUUGAGGCAGCAAAUCGGGUAGACGACGUGCAGGAGCUCGUCUACAAAAAGAGGGAUUGGGUGGCCGAGACCAGCGAAUUCUUCCUGAAUGCUAUAAAGAACAUCCCCCACACGCCGCACACGUCUACCUCUCUGGACUCACCGGAUGGAAGCCCCAGGAUCACGGAGGAUGCUUUCAUCAAGUUGCUGAGCAGUCAGAAGAACGUGAAGUUCUUGGAGGAAUACGGGGUGGACCUUUUUUUUAGAGGCCGCACUGGCUUGAGGGAAUUAUUCCACAUCAUGGACGAGGAUGGCAGCGGCACCCUCGACGUGAACGAGUUUGUAGCUUGCCUCUACAAUCUCAAGGGGACUGCCACCUCUUUGGACUUGAAGCUGGAGAAUCAGAAGCUGUCGCGAUUGGUCCGCUCGCUGCACGAGCAGCUGCAGGUCACGCAGAUCGUGCAGCCGCUGCGAUGGACCCCUGGCAGCCCUUCCCCAUCGCUGUCAACGCGUGCAAGCUUGAGGGCACGCACCAGCAAGAACUCCAAACAGGCAGAUACGCCUCGCCAGGGUGGCUAAAAUUCGACCCGCGUGCCUCUGCAUGCCGUGGCCCCGGCCCCCGGCCGCUGCUCUUCGGAGCCUGCCCUACGUCGGGCCCGUCCCUCUACGGGAGGCAUGCUCGCAAGUAGUCAAACAAUAGUCUGGGGACGAUGUUUUGAGCAUUUUUGGGUAUUUCUUUGAAUAUUCGUGGAAUCUCUUCUGCGUGUCGUCCACAACCCGCCUGUAAGAGGACACGCCCGACCGAAAGCCUGCCCCGUUGGCGCUCCUACUGGGAGGGCCGCGGCGGACUGGCCUGCCCGUGCCUCGGUGCCCGCGCCUCCUGCUCCUCCUCCUCCGUGCCCCUCUCCCUGCCGAGGCGCGCCCGGAGCUCGGCAACUUGGCAUCGCGCGGACGUGUGCAUUUUUUCCUCGGCGAGGGUUAGGUCAGGCGUGUCCUCCUAAAGGCGGAUUCUGGAC